AGAGAGAGAGAGAGAGAGAGACGUUAGAUGUUUGCGUCAUACAUAUAAUCUUUUAAAACGGCUAACCUCUCAGUUAUCUGUCUACUAAUAACCAAAAAAUGAUUGACAGAAUCGGUAUAUAAAAGCGGUGAAACUUUUUGUGUUUCUCUAUCAAACUAUUUGUGUAUUUUGUUGUUUUAAUUUAGUUUUGUUUUGUAAAGUUUGUGUUUUUGUUGUGCAUUAAACAUGAAAUCUUUCAUUGUUCUCUCCGCUUGUAUCGCCCUAUCAGUGGCUCAGUUCGGUGCCAGCGGUCCCUACAGUUUCGGCUACCAGACUGCUGAUGGACAGUCCCGUCAAGAAUCUGGCCAUGGUGGUGCCGUACAGGGAUCGUACAGCUAUGUCGAUGCCAAUGGUGAUCUGAGACAAGUGAGAUACGUUGCCGACGCCAACGGAUACAGAGCCGAAGGUGAUGUCAGUGUCGACAAGCGUACCGCUGCCGCCGCCGCUCAGUUGGCCGCCAUCGCACCCAAGGCUCCCAUUCCCGCUGCACCAGUAGCCGCCGCACCCGUCCACUACAGCUCAUGGCAACAACCGGCCCCCGCAUGGAACCAAUGGAACCAAUGGGCUCCCGCUGCCCCAUUGGCCGCUCACUUGGCCCAACCAGUUGCUCCCUGGGCUGUCCCAGCUACUCACGGUGCCCGCGCUGCCUACAAGGUUGAGACCCCAACCCACUCAAUCUACUCCCAGAUCUAA